GUCCCACGGGGCCGGAGCGUGUCUGGAUGCGAUUGUUCUUGGAUUCACUUUGAAAUGAAAUGAAAUGUAAAUGUGCAGAGAGGCUGAGGAUAUAAACCGUGGAGGAGAGAGUGGACCCUCACACACACACACACACACACACACUCAGGACCUGUGAGCUGAGAUCCACGGACAUGCAGCCUGCACACAAACUCCCUCUGAGCCACAGGACGCCGUUUUCCGUGCGGGACAUCCUGGACCCGACCAAGUUUACCGGGAGGAGAAGCUGCGCGGAGGAUGCAGAGGCAACAGGAGCUUUUCCUCCGAGACUUGAACCCAGAAAGGAGCUUCAUCCUCAUGCAGGCGGGAGCAGCGACUCUGAGGAGGACGAGGUGGAGGAGGGAGGGGCUUCAUGUUCAGUGAAGUCAAAAGCAAAACGCCGUCGUGUCCGCACCGCCUUCACGCUGCAGCAGCUGCAGGUCCUCGAACGCAGCUUCCACAGGUGUCACUACCUGUCGGUGCUGGAGCGGCACGCCAUCGCCUCGGCGCUGCGCCUCUCAGAGACUCAGGUGAAGAUCUGGUUCCAGAACAGACGCACAAAGUGGAAGAAGGAGCGGCUGCAGGGGGCGGAGCCUGAGGAGGAGCAGAGCUUCUUCUCUCCUCCUCCUCGUCUGUGCUCCUCGCUCACCUUCAGUCCUCUCUUCUGCCAGCAGCGCGCUCCGCUCCACGUGUUCACGCCUCUGCCCAUGCUGCCGUAUCAGCGUUUUUACGCAUGAUGCAGAAUGACUGUAAACAUAACGGACCAACGUGUGACACUGUGACCAUCAGAGAAGAUGCUUCAGAGACAAACAGGACUGAGAUCUAAAACAGAAAAUAUUUUCUUAUGUAAUAAUUUAUUUUGAUAAACGUUUUUUAAUGAAGAUGUUCAUGUUUUUUCUUUAAUAUAUAUUGACCUUAUGUCCACUUUACCCGAGGCAACUGAACGUCUCUUUAAACUUCAGAGACAGAAAACAGCUCAGAAACAUUUUAAUAAUAAGCUGCUGAAAGCAUGAACAAACUGAAUCUGUGAGAGAACAUCACUAAUGCAAUGAAUAAAGUUUGAU